AUGGUGAUGAAAAUAGAAAGCAUUAACAGCACUAUUCGAUCUGAGCGCGUUGCUGCUCACAGCCAUAUUAAAGGUUUAGGCCUCGAUGAAAAUUUCGUUGCCACCAGUGCAACCAAGCCUUGUGGAUUAGUUGGUCAAGAAUCCGCUCGGGAAGCAGCCGGCGUUGUCGUUGACUUAAUAAAAAACAAAAAGAUGUCAGGGAGGGCGGUCUUGCUGGCUGGGCCGCCUGGCACCGGGAAAACUGCUAUAGCUUUAGCCAUAGCUCAAGAGUUGGGCCCUAAGGUGCCUUUUUGUCCCAUGGUUGGUUCUGAGGUUUACUCAUCUGAAAUUAAAAAAACUGAAGUUUUAAUGGAAAACUUUAGGCGCUCUAUUGGGCUGCGCAUUAAGGAAACCAAGGAAGUAUACGAAGGAGAGUUAACAGAAUUGACACCGGAGGAAACGGAGAAUUCUUUGGGAGGCUUUACCAAAAUUAUUUCUCAUGUCAUUAUUGGCUUAAAGACUGUAAAAGGCGUCAAGCAAUUAAAGUUGGAUCCCGCCAUUUAUGAAAGUUUACAAAAAGAAAAAAUUUCUGUAGGGGAUGUGAUCUAUAUUGAAUCUAAUUCAGGCGCUGUAAAGCGCGUUGGGCGGUGCGACGCAUAUUCAGGGGAGUACGAUCUUGAGGCAGAGGAGUAUGUCCCCCUGCCGAGGGGUGAGGUACACAAGAAGCGUGAGGUCAUUCAAGACGUUACCUUGCACGAUCUCGAUGUUGCGAACGCUAGACCGCAGGGCGGGAAUGAUAUUAUGUCGAUGAUAUCUCAACUUCUUAAGCCCAAAAAGACCGAAAUUACUGACAAACUACGAAAUGAAAUAAACAAGGUUGUGGAUGGGUACAUUGAACAGGGAAUCGCCGAAUUAGUUCCGGGAGUCCUGUUCAUUGACGAGGUGCACAUGCUAGACAUUGAAUGCUUCACGUAUCUUCACCGGGCGCUGGAGUCCACUAUUGCUCCUAUAGUUAUUUUAGCCACUAAUCGGGGAGAGUGUAUGGUCAGAGACACUGAGACCGUGGCUCCACACGGCGUCCCUUCGGACUUGCUGGACAGACUGCUGAUAAUAAAAACACUUCCUUAUUCCCCCCAGGAAAUGGUGGGCAUUAUAAGGAUUCGGGCCCAGAUUGAGGGGCUUUCCAUCGAGGACCAGGCCAUCGUGCGACUGGGAGAAAUUGCCUGCCAGACGACUUUGAGAUACGCUGUACAGUUGAUGACACCUGCUAACGUCCUCAGGCAGGUAUACAAAAAGGAGAGCAUUACAGUUUCUGAGGUUGAUGAGUUACGCGACGUCUUUUGGAAUGCUAAACGAUCUGGACAAUUUCUUGCAUGCCAUGAUAGUUCUUUUAUGCAUUAA